AUGUCCCUGGGGGACUCCAGCCGCCGCAGAGAGGGAACUUCCCGGGGGCCCCACGGCAUCCUAGUUGGCGCCGGGCUCAGGCCUUCAACCCUGCCUCCCUCACGAGGCUUCCCCGGAGGCGGCGAGAGCGUGGCCGGCCCGGAGGAGGCCCCAGCCGCCAGCCCGCUGCUGGAAGACCUCAGGCGGCGGCUGGCGCGCGCCUUCCAGCGGGCGGUGCCGCGCGGCGGCUCGAGGCGCUCGCGGGAGGAGGAGGCGGCGGAGGCGGCGCGGGAGGAGCAGAGCCGGGCGCGCGUCGAGAGCGCCCUGGCCGGGCUGCGCGCCGAGCUGCUGGAAAUGCGUUUCCAAAAUUGCCAGCUGGCCAGAACUUUGCUGGAUUUAAACAUGAAAAUGCAGCAAUUGAAAAAGGAGUAUGAACUGGAAAUUGCAUCAGAAUUGCAAAGCUCGGAAGAUAAUGUCGUGAAUAUGGAAUGA